UUUCUCAGAGUGUUAUUUUAUAUGCUCGCAAGAAGAACACACACACACACUCACAUUUUUAGAUAACUUUGAGAAAACCAACCACAUCUCUCUCUCUCUCUCUCUCUCUCCCUUCUGGCGGCGCGUUCAGUUCAAUCGCAGCUGCGCUAUGGGACAGUCCUAUUCGUUUCCUGAGUCUCCAGCGGAGCACAGUCCAAGAGAAAUAUCAACGAGCCGCCGUUUCGGCUUCAAAUCGGUGGCGAUUGGUUCAUCCUUGAACGACGAAGACUCCGAGUUUCACGGGGAAGUCACCCAGGGCCGUGACUACACCUCCGAUCUUCCCGACGAGUUGUUGGCGAGUAUUUUUCACUUCCUCGGUGCCGGAGACCGGAAACGAAGCUCGCUCGUCUGCCACCGGUGGCUGAGAGUCGACGGCCAGAGCCGGCACCGCCUCUCUCUCAACGCCCAGGCCGGGCUCCUCACUUUCCUGCCUGCUCUCUUCGCCCGCUUCGACUCGGUCACGAAGCUCGCUCUUCGAUGCGAUCGCAAAUCGAUCAGCCUGGACGACGACACUUUGGUCCUGAUCUCGAUUCGCUGCAGAAACCUUACGCGCCUCAAGCUCCGCGGCUGCCGGGAAAUCACGGACCUCGGAGUGACCGCGUUCGCGCAGAACUGUAAGGGCCUGAAGAAGCUUUCCUGCGGCUCCUGCAUGUUCGGCGCCAAAGCCAUGAACGCCGUCUUGGAGCACUGCCCGGCGCUCGAGGAGCUCUCCGUGAAGCGGCUCCGCGGUGUCCACGACGGCUCGGAGCCGAUCGGCGACAAAAUUGCGUCGUCGUCGCUGAAAUCGAUAACCUUGAGGGAGAUACUGAACGGACAGUGCUUCGGGCCGCUUAUCGUCGGCUCCAAGAAUCUCAAGACCCUGAAGCUAAUCCGCUGUUUGGGGGAUUGGGAUACGGUUCUGGAAAAGCUUGAAAAUGGAAACCAGAGUUUGAUUGAAGUUCAUCUGGAGAGGUUGCAGGUGACCGAUUUGGGGCUUUCGGCAAUUUCGAAAUGCUCGAAUUUGGAGGUUUUGCACAUUGUUAAGGCUCCUGAGUGUUCAAAUUUCGGGCUUAUCUGUGUUGCCGAAAACUGCAAGAUGCUGAGGAAGCUUCACAUUGAUGGAUGGAGGACGAAUAGGAUUGGGGACGAAGGUUUGAUUGCCAUAGCCAAAGAGUGCCCAAACAUACUGGAGCUUGUUCUGAUUGGUGUGAAUCCUACCUCUUUGAGCCUAACUGCAAUUGCCUCCAAUUGCCAAAAAUUGGAGAGGUUGGCGCUCUGCGGUAGUGGAUCAAUUGGAGAUGCAGAGUUCGCUUGCAUUGCUGCGAAAUGCGUGGCGUUGAAGAAACUGUGUAUUAAGGGGUGCCCAAUUUCCGAUGUCGGGCUCGAAAUGCUUGCUUGGGGUUGUCCCAGUUUGGCCAAGAUUAAGGUCAAGAAGUGCAGAGGAGUGAGUGGCGAGGUGGCGGAGUGGUUGAGGGAACGAAGGGGAUCAUUGAUUGUGAAUUGGGAUGCUGGUGAUAUUGGAUCAAUGGAUGCUAGUGGCUAUGCAGGUGGAGCUGUACAAAGCGAUGUGGAGUUUCCGGUUGAUCACGGAGCUGUUGCCAUUGCUUCAGCAAGUAGCAAUGCUCCAGCAAGUAGCAAUACUCCAAUGGCAUUAUUUAGAACAAAGUUUGGUUUUUUUUCAGGUAGGAGUUUUGUUCCAUGCACAUUCAGAAGGUGGUCAGUUAGUCAGAGUAGUUCCAGUGCAAACUUGUAGGUGGAGUUUUUGUGGGCUGCAAAAGUUGCCGGCCUUAGCUCACGUUGGUACGUUGUUUACUGUGUAUUCGUCAAAUGAACAUUCUUCUGUAUUCAUGGCCUGUUUCGGGCCUUUUCGUGAUGUCGUAUUGAAUUUUUUGGUAAUUUGUUCGUUACAUAACUUGUUUACUCUUUCCAUGAUUUCAACAUUUAUGCGAGAACUCGAAACUACAUUCGUUUUGAUUAA